GCUUUCCGGUGGUGGGAAAGUGAGCCGGAGCCGGAGCCCAAGCCCGAGUGGAAGCGGCGCGUCCGGGGCAGGUGGGCUCCCUGCGGCCGAGCGGAGGCAAGCGGCUGCGCAGGGAGGGUCUGGCUCGGAGGCCCGAGGAGCAGCCGCCGCAGGAGCGGGCCGCCGCAGAGUGGGCAUGGUGCGGGGGGCGCCAAGAAGGAGGCGCAGUCCGUCCCUGUCAGGGUUAGUGAAUGAGGCUCUCCGCCCGGGCCGGCCCGGGGACUGUGCGCUGCGGGUCCCAGCAUGAGUGCGGGCCCCGGCUGUGAGCCCUGCACCAAGCGGCCCCGCUGGGGUGCCGCUGGAACUUCGGCGCCGGCUGCCUCGGACUCCCGGAGCUUCCCCGGCAGGCAGAGGCGCGUUCUCGACCCCAAGGACGCUCCUGUACAGUUCAGGGUCCCACCGUCCUCGCCAGCCUGCGUCCCGGGGCGGGCGGGACCGCACAGAGGCAGCGCCACCUCGUUUGUUUUCAAACAACAGACUAUUACCACUUGGAUGGAUACUAAAGGAACCAAGACAACUGAAUCAGAAAGUAAAGAAAACAACAACACAAGGAUAGACUCCAUGAUGAGUUCUCUGCAAAAAGAUAACUUUUACCAACAUAAGGUGGAAAAAUUGGGAAAUGUUCCUCAGCUAAAUCUUGAUAAAUCACCCAUUGAAAAGAGCACACAAUGUUUGAACCAGCAGCAGAAUGCAAGUACGUGCAAGUGGCAAAGUGAAGGACAGCACGCAGAUCAGCUUUCGGCAAGCGAGCCUCCCACAAUAACCCCGGUACCAAGACAAGUUAACAAUGCUAAUGUUGACCAGUCACCCGCAACCGAUGAGCACAGUGAUACAGAUAACGAGGAGGACAGAGAUAACCAGCAGUUUCUUACACCCAUAAAGCUUGCAAAUACAAAGCAGACAGUAGGAGAUGAGCAAGCCAGAAGCAACUGUAAGUGCAGCGGGUCUUGCCGCUCCCUGGAGGACUGUACAGGCUGUCAACAGGGGGUGGAUGUGGUACCAGAGAGUCCUUUGUCAGAUGGUGGUACCGAGGACAUUGGAACUGGACCAAAAACUGACAACAAAUUGACUAGACAAGAAAGUAGCCUCGGUGAUUCACCUCCAUUUGAGAAAGAAAGUGAACCUGAGUCACCAAUGGAUGUAGACAAUUCGAAAAAUAGUUGUCAAGACUCAGAAGCAGAUGAAGACCCAAGUCCAGGCUUUGAUGAACAAGAAGAUAGUUCCUCCCAAACAGCAAAUCAACUUUCAAGUGGCCAAGCAAGAGAAACCAACAGCGAUCUUAGGAAACGGUAUUUGACUAAAGGAAGGGAAAUUAGAUUACAUUUCCAGUUUGAAGGAGAGACUCAUGCUGGAACCAGUGAUUUAAAUGCCAAGCCAUCUGGAAACACUUCUAGCCUUAAUGUAGAAUGUAGAGGUUCUAAGCAGCAUGGAAAAAAGGAUUCUAAAAUCACAGAUCAUUUCAUGAGAAUUCCCAAAUCAGAGGACAGAAGAAAAGAACAAUGUGAAGUCAGACAUCAAAGAACAGAAAGGAAGAUUCCUAAAUAUGUUCCACCCCACCUUCCUCCAGACAAGAAGUGGUUGGGAACUCCUAUUGAGGAGAUGAGGAAAAUGCCUCGGUGUGGGGCCCGUUUGCCUCUCUUAAGACCAUCUGCUAACCACACAGUAACUAUUCGGGUAGACCUUCUGCGAGCAGGAGAUGUUCCAAAACCUUUUCCAACACAUUAUAAAGAUUUGUGGGAUAACAAGCAUGUUAAAAUGCCUUGUUCCGAACAAAACCUGUAUCCUGUAGAAGAUGAGAAUGGUGAGCGAACUGCAGGGAGUCGGUGGGAACUCGUUCAGACUGCACUUCUCAACAGAUUCACGAGGCCCCAGAACCUGAAGGAUGCUAUUCUGAAAUACAAUGUGGCAUAUUCUAAGAAAUGGGACUUUACAGCUUUGGUUGAUUUCUGGGAUAAGGUCCUUGAAGAAGCAGAGGCUCAACAUUUGUAUCAGUCCAUUUUACCUGACAUGGUGAAAAUUGCACUCUGUCUUCCGAAUAUUUGCACCCAGCCAAUACCGCUCCUGAAACAGAAGAUGAAUCAUUCUAUCACAAUGUCGCAGGAACAGAUCGCCAGUCUUUUAGCUAAUGCUUUCUUCUGCACAUUCCCCCGACGGAAUGCCAAGAUGAAAUCAGAGUAUUCUAGUUACCCAGACAUUAACUUCAAUCGGUUGUUUGAAGGGCGCUCAUCAAGGAAACCAGAGAAACUGAAAACACUCUUCUGCUACUUCCGAAGAGUCACAGAGAAAAAACCUACUGGAUUGGUGACGUUUACAAGACAGAGUCUUGAAGAUUUUCCAGAAUGGGAAAGGUGUGAAAAACCCCUGACACGAUUACAUGUCACUUAUGAGGGUACCAUAGAAGGCAAUGGCCGAGGCAUGCUACAGGUGGAUUUUGCAAAUCGUUUUGUUGGAGGUGGUGUAACUGGUGCAGGACUUGUACAAGAAGAAAUCCGCUUUUUAAUCAAUCCUGAGUUGAUUGUUUCACGGCUCUUCACUGAGGUGCUGGAUCACAAUGAGUGUCUUAUUAUCACAGGUACUGAACAGUACAGUGAAUAUACAGGCUAUGCUGAAACUUACCGUUGGGCCCGGAGCCAUGAAGAUGGGAGUGAAAAGGAUGAUUGGCAGCGGCGCUGCACAGAGAUCGUUGCCAUUGAUGCACUUCACUUCAGACGCUACCUCGAUCAGUUUGUGCCUGAGAAAAUGAGACGUGAGCUUAACAAGGCUUACUGUGGAUUUCUCCGUCCUGGAGUUCCUCCUGAGAAUCUUUCUGCAGUGGCCACAGGAAACUGGGGCUGUGGUGCCUUUGGGGGUGAUGCUCGAUUAAAAGCCUUAAUACAGAUACUGGCAGCUGCUGCAGCUGAACGUGAUGUGGUUUAUUUCACCUUUGGGGACUCAGAAUUGAUGAGAGACAUUUACAGCAUGCACACUUUCCUUACUGAGAAGAAACUGAAUGUCGGAAAAGUGUAUAAGUUGUUACUACGGUACUACAAUGAAGAAUGCAGAAACUGUUCCACCCCUGGACCAGACAUCAAGCUUUAUCCAUUCAUAUACCAUGCUGUUGAGUCAAGUGCAGAGACCACUGACCAGCCAGGACAAAAGACAGGGACCUGAGAAACCAAGUGAAUAGGACUUCCUCUCACUCCCAGAGAGGUCUAUUUGAAUUGUGGGGUGUAAUGUAUGAACUGACUCCAACUGAUAUAGAUGUGUAUAUAAUCCACAUUUGUAAUCAAGGAUACAACUCUCUCUACAUGUCAUUUGUACAUCUGAGCCCCUUUCGUCCUAUUGACGUGGUCUUGAAUAUGUUUUCUUCCAUUUUUCUUCUCCUUCAGUCUUUAUUCUUUGACUUCUCUUUAUUUUGCCAAUCAGAUUUUUUGUGAACCCCAUAAAAGGUUGCACUCAGCUUUGAGGUCUCUUUCUUCUUGUCUGUGUAUUCUCCAGAUGGCUUUGGUGGCUAGCAAAUGCCAUUUGCCUGGAGGAGGUUCAAAUCCAGGAAUCUCAAGUGGAGACUGCUACAAAUGUCCCUGGGAGCCUAUCACUCCCAACCAUUGUUAGGCUUGCAUUGUCCAUAUUUUGAAUUUUGAGAAUUAAGAAUUGAGGUUUUUCUUAUGUUACUUACUGCCAGGAUCUUAGGCUAAAACUGUGUUCUAUUUAAGACAGACUAAUUUCCAGCUACCCUUUUGAGACGUCAUCCCUACAAGCAAUGGUUUGUCUGUCCUUUCCUCGGCUUCAUGUUUAUUGGCGCUAUUUUAGAAGCUGACUGAGAAGAAAGAAAAGUAGAGUCAAAGAGUCUUCCUCAUAGGGUGUAGAGAAACGCGAUUCAGGGGUCAGGGGGAUUUGUUUGUUUUUCUUUUGCAAUUAGGACCAAUGUUUGCUCUGUGGCGCUUAAGGCUUAUUCAUGUAACCAAAGGUUGGGGACUGAAAACUUCUUUCUAGUGUACAUAUUGAAGUUUCUCUGGCAGUAAAGCGUAGAGUUAAUACGUUUUCAUUAAUAAAUCAUUUGUCAGAAAUUCUCAUAUCACCUAUAUUUUAUUUAUACAUAUAAACAUGUGCUCCCUAAUUGUGUCUACAGGAGCAUAUAAAUCCAACAACUGAGAUGGGAAACAAUUAGGUUUGGGCUUUAUCUGAGCUCUAUCUAAAAUCUGUUAUUCACAUUUGUAUUUUUAAAACCAUCAACAAGGUAAAUGGUAAUUGAUGUCUUUGUCAGGUUAAUCUGAAAACCAAAGGCAAUCUGCGUUAACUGAUUAGAAUUUAAUCACAAAAACACUGUUUCGGAUUUCAAAGGAGUCUUAAAAGAAGUUCUGUUUGCAGUCUGGCUGUCGGGAAAGCCCAAUAGAGAUCAAGUCCUUUUACUAAGAAGCUCUUGUUACAUGCUCUAAACUCCUUUGCCGUCACUGGCAGGGAAAUGGGGCCUGGGCCAGGGUCUUAGCUCUUUUAUAGAGAGAGCAGGGGGCUAAUGGGCUUUGGCACAUGAAGGCUACCACUUGUCAUUAAGGAAGCCCUUUGCCGCAAUAACUAAGACUGAUCAGCUCCCAAAUUUAGAGGAGUCUGGCCUUAUCCCCACUGAUCCUAAAUAAAAUCUCUUUCUCUUCCA